CUGGGAGUCCCAGUUUUCUGCAGUGCUGACUCCCUGGAUAGAGCUGGGAUUCCCAGUUUCCCCAGUACAUCGGCCCUUGGGGUUCCCAUAUCUGAGCUGCCCCAUGCGGACCCCAGGAAUGGGGGUACCUGCUCACUCACAUCCCAGCUUGCAGAGAGAAGAGGAGACAUCUUCCUGCUGAGUCGAGGGCUGUGAGACUGGGAGCAGCCUGUGUGCUGUGUUUGCCAGCUGGUGGUGGGCUGGGCAGGCAGCCACAGGGGGAGGGAGCGAGUGCUGUCCCUUUAAGGAACCCCCAGGGACAAUGGGACUGUGUGCACCGGUCACUCACUCCGAGUGCAAACUCCUGGCGACAAGUGCAGAGCAGUGGGGGCAGGGACUGGAGCCCAGAGCCCAGAUAGGGAGAAGGCUGCUGGGGCAGGGACAAGGCUUCCAGAAGAGUGGGUUGGGGUAGGGACAGGAGUCCAGAGGCUAGAUGGGGACAAGAGCCCAUAUGGGGGCAGGCACUGUUGGGGUAGGGAUGGGGCCGCCCAGGCUGCCGAUGCGGACAGGGCACCAGGGCUGGCUGGCAGGGCGAGGGCUGCGGGGGCACCAGGGCUGGCUAACUGCCCAGCUCUGUCUUGCCAUCGGCCUGUUCCUGGCAGAGGUGGUGGCCAGCCGGGUCACAGGCUCCCUGCUGGCUCUCUCCUGCUCACUCCAGACGCUAGGGAUGGUGCUAGCGCUGGGGGUGGCUCUGCUGGAUGGCCAGCUGGCCUGCGGAGCACACCCCGAUUGCAGGAACACCUUCGGAUGGGUGCGGGCCCGGGUGGCAGGGACCCUAGUGUGUGGCGUGUUCCUGACAGCACUGUGCCUGGCCCUGCUGCCCAGGGCACUGCACCGGGCAGGGCACCCCCAGGUGACAGAGCGGCCCCUGGCACUGGUGGGAGUCGGGGCUGCUGGGCUCCUCAUUCAUCUUGCCAGGGUGAGGCUGGAUAGGCAGCACCAUCCUGAUCGAGCAAAGAGUCCCCACAGCGGCCAUGCCAGCGCCAGCAGAGAGGGCGCAGCCACAGGCAGAUCUGCCCAGGAGACACAAGACCUGCUGGGGAACAGGCAGCCUUGGCUAGAGGACGGGUGCUUGUCUGCAGAGGAGUCUGGUGCCUGGCUGGCUCUCUGCCUUCGCCUCCUGGCUGCCUCCCUGGGCCCUGCCACCGUGCUGCUAUAUUCACUUGCCUUCCACCUGCUGUGGCCCCCAUGUGUGGAGCAAGUGGCCUGCCUGCCCUCCUGCACUGGGAUGCCAUGCUGGCCCCUGGGCAGCCCUGCGCCAGCCUUGGCAGAGCUGGGGCCCUGCUGGCUGCUGUACCUGGACCCUGGGCUGUGUGUGGUUGUGGUGCUGGCUUUGAUCCUUUUGGGUGCCCCUUCCCUGCGGGACUCUGCCUUGGUGCUGCUGCAGGCUGUGCCCGACCAUCUGGACCUAUGGCGACUUGAGUCGCAUCUGAGGAGCACGGAGGGGGUGGCAGCCCUGCAUGAGCUUCAUGUCUGGCAGCUGGACAGUGCCUACAGCCUGGUGGCCACGGCCCAUGUCUGGUGCCUCGACACUGCCUCCUACAAGGCUGUGGCCAGGAGGAUCCAGCAGGUGUUCUGGGAGCAUGGGAUCCACGCAGCCACAGUGCAGCCCGAGUUCGGUGCACUUCAGGGACCGUGCUGCAUGGCAGCAGGUGGGGGUGAUGGCUGCAUGGGGGGGGGGUGAG